GGCGCACCACUGGCGGGGACUGGCCUCCUUCAGCGGCUGGAGGCGGUCACUGGUAGUGGGCUGGGGGCUGAGGCGAGAGGGGCCAUGAGGAGUGCGAGGGAGUCCAGAUCCCGCAGCCCGGCACUCCUCCCUCGCGCGGCGGCGGCUUGGGGGCCUCUGGAGUAAUCGCUGCCUUUGUUCCGAGCGCCUCGUCCCUCCCCUCGCCCCAGCUCCUCACGCCGCCGCGCUUCGGCCGGCCCGCCCUUGGUCUCCGAAACCCUGUUCGGCUCGUGCCGCGCGGAUGCGGCUGCCGGGCCUGGGUUUGGGCUUUGAGCGGGCGGAGAGGAGGAGCGGCAGUGCCUGGGCGGCAUGCGAUGGGGAACUGCUGCUGGACGCAGUGCUUCGGGCUGCUCCGCAAGGGAGCGGGGCGGCUGCAGCGUGUAGGAGGCGGCGGAGGAUCUAAGUAUUUUAGAACAUGCUCAAGAGGUGAGCACUUAACUAUAGAGUUUGAGAAUCUAGUAGACAGUGAUGAGGGGGAGAGCCCAGGAAGCAAUCAUAGGCCUCUUACUGAGGAAGAAAUUGUUGACCUAAGAGAAAGGCAUUAUGAUUCUAUUGCUGAAAAACAGAAAGAUCUUGAUAAGAAAAUUCAAAAAGAGUUAGCCUUACAAGAAGAGAAGUUAAGACUAGAAGAAGAAGCUUUAUACGCUGCACAGCGUGAAGCAGCCAGGGCAGCAAAGCAGCGAAAGCUCUUGGAGCAAGAAGGGCAGAGAGUUGUGCAGCGAUAUCGUCCUUCCAACCAUGGAGAAUAUCAAAGUUCAGGACCAGAAGACGACUUUGAAUCCUGUUUGAGAAAUAUAAAGUCACAGUAUGAAGUUUUUCGAAGUAGUAGACUUUCAUCAGAUGCCACAGUUUUAACACCAAAUACAGAAAGCAGUUGUGAUUUAAUGACCAAAACUAAAUCAACUAGUGGAAAUGAUGACAGCACAUCCUUAGAUCUAGAAUGGGAAGAUGAAGAAGGAAUGAAUAGAAUGCUUCCCAUGAGAGAACGUUCCAAAACAGAGGAAGACAUUCUCCGAGCAGCACUUAAGUAUAGCAGCAAGAAGUCUGCAAGUAAUCCUACAUCAGCCUCUGAUGAUUCCAAUGGGCUAGAGUGGGAGAAUGAUUUUGUUAGUGCUGAAAUGGAUGAUAAUGGCAAUUCUGAGUAUUCUGGAUUUGUAAAUCCUGUAUUAGAACUGUCUGAUUCUGGCAUAAAGCAAUCUGAUGCAGAUCAACAGACUAGAUAGGGUAAAAUUGCGUAACCCUGUUUAUCAGUUAUGACCAAAUGUUAAAAACCAACUAGAAUGUAUAAAUUGUUUUGUAAGGGGGAGGUAAGAAACCAUGUUGUAAAUGCUUAUUGUAUUAGAAAGAAGUAAGAAUGAUAGGAUAAAUUUGAUUUGCUUCAGAAUUAAGUGCAAUUUCAUCAUCUGCCUUCUGCUUUUCAAGACCAAUUUAAUAGUUUUAUCAUGUUACCAGUUACAUUUAGCUCUUUUCUUUAUAGCAUUCCUGUUUACUGUUGCAGAUUUUCACUUAAAAAAAUUUUUAUUAAUUUUAUUUCAAAUGCUUUAUUAAGUCUGUUUCAUUGUCUAUUUGUGAAAAUAUUAAGGCUUUUUCUUGUUAAUUCUCAGCAGAUGUGAAAGGAGCAUAAAGAGAUUGUCAGAUUCAGAUUUACAGUAGUGUUCCCUUUUGCAGCAUUAUUUACUUCUAUGAUUUCUUUGAAUUUUAUUAUCUAAUAGUAAGCACAAUUAAUUUGAGUAGGUGAGUCUCAGAAAUCAAGUAUCAAUUUCUCUCUAUACUUAUUAUAUAUCCUAAGGUGAUAAUGUUGAUUCAGUCUGAACAAAGGAUAAUAUAAUAAAAAUAAGCUUUCAGAGUUUAGACAUUUCAAGUUGAUGAUAAUCAAAAAUAAUAUUUAAGAAAAUAUAUAUAUAUUUAGGCUUUUCACUUUAUUUUACAUGCUACUAUAUUGACUUUAACUUAAUUGACAUUAAGUUUUUAGGUGUCAUUAUUUUUUUUUAAUUCUAUAUUUCCAAGGAAUGAGCUUAGAAAAAGUUUAUAAAGAACAUAUUCUCUGCAUGAUUUAAGAAAGGAAAGCCUAAAAAAGUAAUACGGGUAUUUCAAAGUGGAUAAAAAUCCUUUCUGGUGUGAAAGGCUCCAUUAAUUUUAUUGAGCUUUCCUUUGCCUUGUAAGUACAAGGUGCUUUAAUAGGAUGGAACUAAGUAUUUCAAUAUGUAUAACUGCAUUUUAUGAUAGACAAUUCUUCUUUUUCCUAAAGUUUACAUAUCAAUAUAAAAGGCCAGAGAUAUAAAACACUCUCUAAUUGCUUUCCUUGAUUUUGCUGAGGAUCAAGUAUGAGUUUAGUAAGCAAACUAUUUUUGGCUUUUCCUUGGUGUUUUUUCUUUUCUUUUUUUUGCAACUAUAAUAGUGCAUGUUCUCAAAAAUAUAGGAAGGUCCAGAUAUAAAUAGUAACUUAAAGUUCUUACCGCACUUAAAAAAAAAUAAAUCAUGUGGCCCUUUCAAUAUUUGAACUGCUAGGCAAUGACAUCUGUAGUCUUACCUCCUUUUUUAUUUCAUAGAAAUAAAUAUGACACUUUAAAUAUGUGAAUAUAAUACAUUAGGUAAUGCUAUUAUUUAUGUUUCUCUUUACAUGAUUUAAUUUGUAGCUAUGUCAUUGAAAAUAAUUUAAAGGUAAUCUAUAUUCACAUUGCCUGUGUUAAUGCUUUGUAAAGUUUGUAUACAUCAGAUGUAUAUUUUUGGUUUGGCAUAAGCUACUAUUGUAAUUUUUCUUGGCUUUUUGUUCAUAGAGAAUUUUUUGAAGGAAUGGUAACUUCUCAAGGAUUGUGAAUAAACAUUUUUACAUUUAAAGGUAA